AUGAGUGAUAAUAACAAAAAGGUAGCUAGUGGUGCUGGAACCGGAACACAGGUCCAUAAGGUGAUAAUGGUUGGUACCGGUGGUGUCGGGAAAUCAGCACUGACUUUGCAAUUCAUGUACGAUGAGUUCGUAGAAGAAUAUGAACCAACAAAAGCAGAUUCAUAUCGAAAGAAAGUUGUAUUGGAUGGUGAGGAAUGCUUAAUCGAUAUUCUCGAUACCGCUGGUCAAGAAGAUUACUCUGCAAUCAGAGAUAAUUAUUACCGAAGUGGUGAAGGAUUUAUUUGCGUCUUUUCGAUAACUGAUACUGAAUCUUUCGAAGCAACAAACGAAUUCAGGGAGCAAAUAUUGCGCGUUAAAAAUUCUGCCACAGAUUCAUCAGUUCCAAUAAUGUUGGUUGGAAAUAAAUCGGAUUUGACAAAUGAACGCUCAAUAAUGCAAUUACACGCACAACAAAGAGCGGAGCAGUGGAAUGUGCCGUACAUUGAAACUUCUGCCAAAAAUAGGAUUAAUGUUGAUAAAGUAUUUUACGACUUGAUGCGCGAAAUAAAGCGGAGAAAAGGUGGUACACUGAAAGGACAUACUCCCGGUGGUGAUUCUAUGCCUGGUAACAAAUUUCAUAAGAAAAAGCGAUGUGAUAUAUUAUGA